AUGGCCCCCGUUGCAUACGCCAGUCCUAACCCACCCAGCCAACCUUCUAAGGCUAUCCCUUCUUCAACAACCUCCUUUGCGAGUGAUCUCCAGGGCUCACGCGACGCGCGGCGCGCGGAGGAGACUUACCAAGAGAACCUAACUAGGGACCGUGUCUUUUCCUUCUUCGACACGGCGCUUGAGACCAUUACGCUCACGGUGAGUGAAAAAGAUAAAUACUCGGGUGCGCAGCUUUCGCAGCGCUUCCUCGCAGCGGCACAGGUGGACGAACUCAUGACCGGAAAAAAGUGCAUGCGCUUGGACAAGCUAUUGGCCAAGGUAGCCCCGCCACUGUUUCAGCCGCCUCAGUACACGAACUGGGUGCUCUUUGCGAUUGUUACUGCCAAGUCUGAGCCAAAACAUGCGGCGGAAAACAAGGGAAAGUACAUGCGAUUGACGUUGAGCGACUUCUACAGCACCGUAGAGCUCAUGCUCUUUGGGAAAGCGUUCGACAAGUUCUGGAAAACGCUGGUGGGCAAUGUAGUGGCGAUUUUGAACCCAGAUAUCUGGCCGUACAAGCGUACAGAUUCCGGAUACAAGCUCUUCAAUCUCUCAAUCAAGGAUGACCUCAACUGCCUUAUAGAGAUUGGGCGGGCGCGCGAUUUUGGCACGUGCCCGUCAGUGAAGCGUGAUGGUGCAGUGUGUGCGGCACCUAUCAACCGUGCGAAAGAGCUGCACUGCCACUUCCAUGUGGAGUUAUCAUUCCGUAAAACCACGGGAAAACGUAUGGAGUUCAACAGCGCCGUCAGCAUGUUUGGGCCGGGUUCCACGGUCAACGGCACGCGACACCAGGACCAGGUGUACAUGGGGGGCAACGCGACGAAGGGCUUCAAGGGAAAGUUGGUGACGGACCCGUAUGCUCCGAAGGUGGACAAGUACGACGGAAAUAUGAUGUACUUCAGCAAUCGGCAUGCGGGGAAGGCGUUCUUUGACGAUGAGUACCAGAACCCGAAGAUUCUCGGGGACAUGGCUGCGAUGCGGCGCACGCGAAAAGACGCUACGGAUGAGGUCGCGUUGAGACGCAAGCUCGCCAAGAUCAAGGGCGGGAGCUCGCUCGUGAACAGCUUGGAGGAGGACGAGCAGACGCGCGAAGCCAAGUCGAAGGUAGCCCAAACUGCCUUCAACCCACAUGUUUUGAACAAAAUCGGGUUUAAUCCCACGAGACGUUUGUACGAAUCUGCGAACCACCAUUUAGACACAUCCAAAAGCGACAUCAGCAAGGAGUUGGACAUGUUACGCGCAAUGUCCGAUACAAAGCAGCGGAAGUUGACCGCCACAAAGAGUGAUCGCGUUAUGAAGAAGAAGGCCUGGGAGGCUAACAUCAGCAAGUUGAAAGACUACACAAACAGGGCGCAUCUCAAGGGGAAGUACGGUGAUGACUUUGGCGAUGUGGACUUUAGUGAUGUGAGCGAGAGUGACAGCGAGAUUGAGAUCGAUUUUGGGGGGAAUGCGAAGUUUGAAGAGUACCAGAAGGUGAUUGGAAAGGAAAGCCCAUCGAAAGUUAACUGA